UCGUCAGUCAAGCCCGCUCUCGGUUAGUGCGCGGCAGCACGGGCAGGCGAGAGGCACCUCGUUCCAGGAGCAGAGCAGCGGCGCCCCAGUCCCGGCGCAGCCCCGAACCUCGCCUGCCCGCCCAGCUCCAGGAUGGCCACCAUCACCUGCACCCGCUUCACGGAGGAGUACCAGCUCUUCGAGGAACUGGGGAAGGGUGCCUUCUCGGUGGUGCGCAGGUGUGUGAAGGUGCUGGCCGGCCAGGAGUAUGCGGCCAAAAUCAUCAACACCAAGAAGCUCUCAGCUAGAGAUCAUCAGAAGCUGGAGCGCGAAGCCCGCAUCUGCCGUCUGUUGAAGCACCCCAACAUUGUGCGGCUCCACGACAGUAUCUCCGAGGAGGGACACCAUUACCUGAUCUUCGACCUGGUCACCGGUGGGGAGCUGUUUGAAGACAUCGUGGCCCGGGAGUAUUACAGUGAGGCCGAUGCCAGUCACUGUAUCCAGCAGAUCCUGGAGGCUGUCCUGCACUGCCACCAGAUGGGGGUGGUGCACCGGGACCUGAAGCCUGAGAACCUGCUGCUGGCCUCCAAGCUGAAGGGCGCGGCCGUGAAGCUGGCCGACUUUGGCCUGGCCAUCGAGGUGGAGGGGGAGCAGCAGGCGUGGUUUGGCUUUGCAGGGACACCUGGAUACCUCUCCCCGGAAGUGCUGCGGAAGGAUCCCUAUGGAAAGCCUGUGGACCUGUGGGCCUGUGGGGUCAUCCUGUACAUCCUGCUGGUGGGGUACCCCCCGUUCUGGGAUGAGGACCAGCACCGGCUGUACCAGCAGAUCAAAGCUGGCGCCUAUGAUUUCCCAUCACCGGAAUGGGACACCGUUACUCCGGAAGCCAAGGACCUGAUUAAUAAAAUGCUGACCAUCAACCCGUCCAAACGCAUCACGGCCGCCGAGGCCCUCAAGCACCCCUGGAUCUCCCACCGCUCCACCGUGGCCUCCUGCAUGCACAGACAGGAGACCGUGGACUGCCUGAAGAAGUUCAACGCCAGGAGGAAGCUGAAGGGGGCCAUCCUCACUACCAUGCUGGCCACCAGGAACUUCUCGGGAGGCAAGAGCGGGGGAAACAAGAAGAAUGAUGGUGUGAAGAAAAGAAAGUCCAGUUCCAGCGUUCAGUUAAUGGAAUCCUCGGAGAGCACCAACACCACCAUUGAGGACGAAGACACCAAAGUGCGGAAGCAGGAGAUUAUUAAAGUGACCGAACAGCUGAUUGAAGCCAUAAGCAACGGAGACUUUGAAUCCUACACGAAGAUGUGCGACCCUGGAAUGACAGCCUUCGAGCCCGAGGCUCUGGGGAACCUGGUCGAGGGCCUGGACUUCCAUCGAUUCUAUUUUGAAAACUUGUGGUCCCGCAACAGCAAGCCGGUGCACACCACCAUCCUGAACCCACACAUCCACCUGAUGGGCGACGAGUCGGCCUGCAUCGCCUACAUCCGCAUCACGCAGUACCUGGAUGCCGGCGGCAUCCCCCGUACGGCCCAGUCCGAGGAGACCCGCAUCUGGCACCGCCGGGACGGCAAGUGGCAGAUCGUCCACUUCCACAGAUCCGGGGCGCCCUCCGUCCUGCCGCACUGAAGGACCAGGCCGAGGGGUCGCUGUGUUGCUGGGCCACGGAGACCCGCUCUUUGUUCGUGGAAUGUGGCUGCGGGUUCUCCCACUUGGAUUCAGCUGGAAUUCCCUCCACCACAUCCCCCACCGCCAUCACCAUCACAGAUCGCCUCCA